AUGGGGGAGGUGGAGCCGGGCCCCGCGGGCCCGCUCGAACCCUCGGAGCCGCCCGAAGCGCCCGCGAGCCGCCGGCCGGGCGGGAUCCGGGUACUGAAGAGAACUAUGAAACGCAAUGGGAGCAGACAUUGUCUGAAUAGGAGAAGUAGGUUUGGUUCUCGAGAGAGAGACUGGCUGCGAGAAGAUGUGAAGAGAGGCUGUGUUUACCUGUACGGAGCAGACACCGCCACGGCUACUGCAGCCAGCGUCUCCGCCGCUGCCUCCUCCUCCUCCGACUUACAUCUUGUCCUUUGCACAGUAGACACGCCAGCGUCAGAAAUUUGUGCUGGAGAGGGAAGGGAACGUCUUUAUUUGCAGCUUCAUGGAGACCUGGUCAGGAGACUGGAACCUACUGAACGGCCUCUUCAGAUUGUUUAUGAUUACUUGUCCAGGCUGGGAUUUGAUGACCCUGUGCGCAUACAGGAGGAGGCGGCAAAUCCUGACCUUGGCUGUAUGCUUCGAUUUUAUGGUGAAAAACCAUGCCAGAUGGAUCAUCUGGAUCGAAUCCUUCUGUCUGGCAUCUAUAAUGUACGAAAGGGAAAGACCCAGCUGCAUAAGUGGGCUGAACGCCUGGUUGUUCUCUGUGGCACCUGCCUCAUCGUUUCCUCAGUGAAGGAUUGUCAGACUGGAAAGAUGCACAUUUUGCCUCUGGUUGGGGGAAAGGUAGAAGAAGUGAAGCGACGUCAGUACUGCCUUGCUUUCAGCUCAGCUGGAGCCCAAGCUCAGACUUAUCACGUCAGCUUUGAGACUUUGGCUGAGUACCAGAGAUGGCAGCGGCAGUCAUCCAAGGUGGUGUCCCAGCGUAUCAGUACCGUGGACCUCUCGUGUCACAGCCUUGAGGAGGUUCCUGAGCAUCUCUUCUACAGUCAAGAUAUCACCUACCUCAACUUGCGACACAACUUCAUGCAAUUAGAAAGACCAGGGGGCCUUGACACUUUCUACAAAUUUUCUCAGCUUAAGGGCCUGAACUUGUCCCAUAAUAAGCUUGGGUCAUUUCCUGUAUUGUUAUGUGAAAUUUCUACCCUGACCGAGCUCAACCUUUCCUGUAAUGGAUUCCACGACCUGCCGAGUCAGAUUGGCAAUCUGCUGAAUCUUCAAACCCUCUGUCUUGAUGGCAACUUUCUGACUACUUUACCUGAAGAAUUGGGAAAUCUGCAACAGCUUUCCUCCCUGGGUAUUUCCUUCAACAACUUUAGUCAAAUUCCCAAGGUUUAUGAGAAACUCACUAUGUUAGAUAAAGUGGUUAUGGCAGGAAACCAACUGGAAGUGCUGAACCUGGAGGUGCUGAACUGUAUGAGCCACGUCAAACAUGUGGAUUUGAGGAUGAACCAUCUGAAAACCAUGGUUGAGAAUCUGGAGGGAAAUAAGUACAUCACCCACAUGGAUCUGCGGGACAAUCAGCUGACUGACUUAGAUCUUAGCUCCUUGUGCAACUUGGAGCAGCUGCAUUGUGAGCGGAACCAGCUGAGGGAGCUGACGCUCAGUGGCUUCUCCCUUCGAACUCUCUUUGCCAAUUCGAACAGGCUGGCAGCAGUGAAUGUCUAUCCAGUACCCAGUCUGCUCACUUCUCUAGAACUCUCCCGAAACCUGCUUGAGUGUGUCCCUGACUGGGCCUGUGAAGCAAAGAAGAUAGAAAUAUUAGAUGUGAGCUAUAAUCUCCUGACAGAGAUUCCUAUGAGAAUCCUUAGUAGCUUGAGUCUUAGAAAACUAAUGGUGGGACACAAUCACGUGCAGAACCUUCCAGCACUGGUGGAGCACAUCCCUCUCGAGGUGUUGGAUAUUCAGCAUAACUUGCUCACCAGGCUGCCAGAUACCCUCUUCUCUAAGGCCUUAAAUCUCAGAUACUUGAAUGCAUCUGCAAAUAGUCUGGAGUCUCUGCCAUCUGCUUGCACUGGGGAGGAGAGUCUGAGUGCACUGCAGCUGCUCUACCUGACCAACAACCUCCUGACGGAUCAGUGUGUGCCCGUCCUGGUGGGGCACCCGCACCUGCGAAUCUUGCAUCUUGCAAACAACCAGCUACAGACUUUUCCCGCAAGCAAACUAAAUAAAUUGGAGCAAUUGGAGGAACUGAACCUAAGUGGAAACAGGCUUAAAACCAUCCCCACGACCAUCGCAAACUGCAAAAGGCUGCACACGCUGGUGGCGCACUCCAACCACAUUAGCAUUUUCCCAGAAAUACUGCAGUUGCCUCAGAUACAGUUUGUAGACCUAAGUUGCAACGACUUGACCGAAAUCCUGAUUCCAGAGGCUCUGCCUGCUACUUUACAAGACCUGGACCUAACUGGAAAUACAAAUCUGGUUCUGGAACACAAGACGCUAGACACAUUUAGCCAUAUCACCACCCUGAAAAUUGAUCAGAAACCUUUGCCAACCACUGAUUCUACAGUUACAUCAACCUUCUGGAGCCAUGGACUGGCUGAGAUGGCAGGGCAGAGAAACAAGCUAUGUAUAUCUGCUCUAGCUGUGGAUAACUUUGCAGAGGGCGUGGGAGCUGUGUAUGGCAUGUUUGAUGGGGACCGAAAUGAGGAGCUCCCUCGCCUACUCCAGUGUACCAUGGCAGAUGUGCUUUUGGAAGAGGUACAGCAGUCAACAAAUGACACAGUUUUCAUGGCUCACACCUUCUUGGUAUCUCACAGGAAAUUAGGAAUGGCUGGCCAGAAGCUGGGCUCUUCUGCUCUCCUUUGUUAUAUCCGCCCUGACACUGCCGAUACAACAAGUAGCUUUAGCUUGACCGUGGCCAACGUUGGCACGUGCCAAGCAGUCCUGUGCCGAAGUGGGAAGCCACUGCCCCUGUCUAAAGUCUUCAGCCUGGAACAGGACCCAGAGGAGGCUCAGAGGGUGAAGGACCAAAAAGCCAUCAUAACAGAGGACAACAAAGUGAAUGGGGUAACCUGCUGUACCCGGCUGCUGGGCUGUACAUACCUCUACCCUUGGAUCCUCCCCAAGCCCCACAUAUCUUCCACUCCACUUACCAUUCAGGAUGAGUUGCUGAUUCUGGGAAACAAAGCAUUGUGGGAACACUUGUCAUACACAGAAGCAGUCAAUGCAGUGUGCCAUGUACAAGACCCAUUAGCGGCUGCCAAGAAGCUGUGCACAUUAGCGCAGAGCUAUGGUUGUCAGGACAAUGUGGGUGCGAUGGUGGUUUAUUUGAACGUUGGCGAGGAAGGCUGCACUUGUGAAAUGAAUGGGCUCACCCUCCCAGGUCCUGUGGGAUUUGCUUCAACCGCUGUCAUCAAGGACCCACCCAAGCCAACCACUCCUUCCUCCAGUAGUGGUAUUGCCUCUGAGUUCAGCAGCGAGAUGUCCACUUCAGAGGUGAGCAGUGAGGUGGGAUCCACUGCUUCUGACGAACAUAACACUGUUGGCCUGGAUGCUGGCUUGCUUUCAAGGCCAGAGAGGCGCUGCAGCCUCCACCCAACGCCCACCUCAGGGGUGUUUCAGCGCCAGCCGUCUUGUGCGACUUUCUCCAGUAACCAGUCUGACAACGGCCUGGACAGUGAUGACGACCAGCCCGUUGAAGGGGUCAUGACCAAUGGCAGCAAGGUGGAAGUAGAAGUAGAUAUCCACUGCUGUAGGGGGAGGCAGCUUGAGCACUCUCCCACUCUUAGGGAGAAUUCUCCUACCUUGUGCCUCGAGGAACGUGCUAGAGGGUUAGUUUUUGGGAUCCGAAGACAGAACAGUGUGAAUAGUGGCAUCCUUCUGCCAGUGAGCAAAGACAAGACGGAGUUACAGAAGUCUCCCUCCACUUCCUGUCUCUACGGAAAGAAACUCUCCAAUGGCUCGAUUGUGCCCCUGGAAGAUAGCCUGAACCUCAUCGAAGUGGCCACAGAAGCACCCAGGAAGAAAACCGGCUAUUUUGCUGCCCCUGCUCAGCUGGAGCCAGAGGACCAGUUCGUUGUUCCUCGUGACCUCGAAGAAGAAGUGAAGGAACAAAUGAAGCACCACCAGGAAAGCAGGCCUGAGCCUGAUUCCAGCGAAGAGGGUCGGACCGAGCUCGCAGAGGAGUUUGACACGGCGCUGUAG